CAACUUGACAUAUAUCUAAUCGGUUCCUCGCAACAAGGUCGAGCCGGAGUAGUGCGAUACUUGACACUUAUCGGUGGCGAUGAGCUUCGCCUCAUGUCAGAAACGUGGUUCGGCUGCCGACGUGCCGUGAGUUUCUGGCGGUUUCCUCGUAUCUGUGCCAUAUCUAAAUGUUGUCGCGGAGUCAACCAGACGUCUCACUUUUACAGAGUUAGUUUGGGCGUUGUUAGGAGCUCAGCUAGCUGCGGCGGAGGAGGCUAGCUGAGUUCGGUUACCUGCUAAGGAUGAGCUCCGCACCGAAUCACCGUAACGCCACAGAGACGGCAGGGCUGCCGAGAAAACACAUCUCCGCUGUCUCCGUCGCCGGACACGUCCAGCAGGUCUUCAGCCAUGUGAAAGUAGAAAACCUGGUGGCGGGACUGAGCGGUGGAGUGGUGUCCACUCUGGUGCUUCACCCGCUGGACCUGGUGAAGAUCAGGUUUGCAGUAAGUGAUGGACUGGAGUUGAGGCCCAAGUACAGCGGUAUUCUUCACUGUAUGAAGAGUGUGUGGCAUCAGGAGGGAGUGAGGGGUCUGUACCAAGGGGUGACCCCCAACAUCUGGGGCGCAGGCUUGUCCUGGGGUUUCUACUUCUUCUUCUACAAUGCAAUCAAAGGCUACACUAAGGAAGGCCGUCAGGCUGAACUGAGCCCAGCAGAGCACCUGGUUUCGGCGGCUGAAGCAGGCAUCCUCACUCUCACCAUAACCAACCCGAUCUGGGUCACCAAGACCCGACUGGUUCUGCAGUACAGUGCUGACCCCACCAGUAAGCAGUACAGUGGGAUGGUGGACGCCCUGGUUAAGAUCUACCGCCACGAGGGCCUGCCAGGACUUUACAAAGGCUACGUUCCGGGUCUGUUCGGUACGUCUCACGGGGCUCUGCAGUUCAUGGCCUACGAAGAGCUCAAGAGAGACUACAACAAAUACAAGAAGGUGCCUUCAGAUGCAAAGUUGAACGCUCUGGAGUACAUCACAAUGGCAGCACUGUCCAAAAUAUUCGCCGUCGCCACGACGUACCCGUAUCAGGUGGUGAGAGCUCGGCUCCAAGACCAGCACAACAGAUACGGAGGGGUCGUAGAUGUCAUCGGACGGACGUGGAGAAAUGAAGGAGCUUCGGGCUUCUACAAAGGCAUCGUCCCAAAUUUGAUCCGCGUCACGCCGGCCUGCUGCAUCACUUUUGUGGUUUAUGAGAACGUGUCCCGCUUCCUUCUGGGGACGAAAUGAGAGAGACGGAGAGGACCCAGCAUGGACAGCCACACGGGGCGUCAAGCUCCGGCUGAAACGUUGGGAGACGAAGAGGGGAGCGCGUUUCCCCAGAGGCCUUCAUUAAGUACAUGGUGCGUAGAAGAGAAAGAAGUCGAAGCAGCCAAACUACUAGCUCAUUUUCGGUCAAACAUAUGGAGGCAGAUUGGGGCCACUGAUGUAAAAGAAUUCUGACUUUAAUCUCAGAACUUUGGGUUUUUCUCUUAGAAUUUUGGGAUUUUUUUUUUCUCAUGGAA